AUGACUGAAGUUGAUCGAGCGUCCAAACGUGCUCGGGGGACAGGCCGUCGCCAGCGUGGAUGUUUCGCCUUCCCACCUGUGUCGGAGACAGGACCUGCUUCCAAACGCUGUCCGGAGUGGACUUAUCCAGCUUCUGAGGAGCAUCUGAUCCCGACAUGGCGGUCGUGGUGA